AUGAAAGAGUUUCUCGAUCAAGUCAGUGACAGUGAGGAUGAGUCUGGUACUAAAGGGGCUGACUCAGACAAUGAAAUGGACUUUAUACUGAGAUACAAGAGAAAGCAAAGGAGGAAAGUUGAGGAGCGUCUCAAGUCUCAGCAAGAGAAAGACAACCCAGUGACUGGUGAGGUUACCUCCGGAGGCAAAGAGAAACUCUUUUCCUUGAAUCACAUAAAAACCUCAAACCAAUUGGAAGAGGUUGAAGGAGAAGAUAUUGAUGGAGACGCUCUUGAGACUGAUGAUGAAGAAGCAUCAGCUCAACGACCAUUGCUAGUAGAGGAAGAUUAUAACAUCAGGGAAGACAGCAGCAAUGAAGAGGAAGAGAAUGAAGAAGGAGAGAUUGAGUAUGAAGAGUCUGAUGAUGAUGACAAUGAUGAGGAUAUGGAACUAGAUAAUGAAGAUAAAAGUAAUCCACUAGUUGUUAGUUUGAAAGAUAAGAAGAAAGGGAAGUCUCAGAAGACUGUCCGUUGGUUCAGCAAUCCUUUGUUUGAGGGAGUUCUUAGCGGAGAGAAAGAUGAGGAGGAGGAAGUGGCAGCUGCCAUGGAAAGAUAUAAACAGAAAGGAGGGAAGAUCAUCAAUAAAGAAGAGGAACAAGUAUCAAAUGAUGAAGAUGAGAAUGAGUCAGUCAAACAGUUAAACACUUGUUUAUUUCAGAUAUUGCACAUUGAAGUUGAGGACAUUGUACAAGAUCCAGCUGUAUCUUCUACUGCUGUACAACACUCAGGGUUUGAUGAUGACAGUGAUACAUCAGAAGAUGAAGAAGAUGUAGCACCAAAGAAAGUACGGAAACUAGAUCCAGCAGGACUGGCCAUUGGUGCCCUCCUAGUCCAAUCACACAAGAAGAGGCAGGAUUUGAUAGAGAGUGGAUACAACAGGUGGACAUCAGAUGAUCCUAACUUACCUGAUUGGUUCAGGGAAGAUGAGAGUUCACAUUGUCAGAAGCAGUUACCAAUCACUAAAGAUAUGGUUGACAAAUACCGUAAAAAGCUUAAAGAGAUAAACGCUCGUCCUAUAAAGAAGAUAGCAGAAGCUAAGGCAAGGAAGAAGCAAAGGGCAGCUCGCAAGCUUACCAAAGCAAGAGAGAAAGCUCGAGUUAUUUGUGAUACUCCUGACGUUACUGAUCAAAAGAAAGUCCGUCAAAUAAAAGGAAUCUACAAGAAGGCAGGGCUUGCAAGUAGCAAGAAGCGUGAUGUGCAGUAUGUUGUUGCUAAGAGAGGACUGGGGAAGAGAGUGAAGAGACCAGCUGGUGUGAGUGGAAGAUUUAAAGUAGUGGAUCCUCGCAUGAAGAAAGAUAAUAGGAGGCAAAAGGCACAAUACAAGAAACAAAGAAAACAUUAGCCAAUGCAU